GAUCAACUUCAUUAUAAACCAGAAAGCUUUUAAGUUUGAGAUUGGAAGUGAAACUAAAAUAACUGAGUUAAUAUGGCGGUCCAAGUUCCGAGUCGACAAUUAUUCAUCGAUGGCGAGUGGAGAGAGCCCAUUCUCAAGAAGCGACUCCCAAUCAUCAAUCCUGCUACUGAAGAGAUCAUCGGUAACAUUCCAGCAGCUACAGCUGAAGACGUGGAGCUUGCGGUGGCGGCUGCUCGGAGAGCUCUUUCUAGAAACAAAGGCAAGGAUUGGGCUACCGCUCCUGGCUCUGCCCGUGCCAAGUAUUUACGUGCCAUCGCUGCUAAGGUAACAGAGAGAAAAACUGAGUUGGCUAAGCUUGAAGCAAUUGAUUGUGGGAAACCUCUUGAUGAAGCAGUUUGGGACAUUGAAGAUGUUGCUGGAUGUUUUGAGUACUAUGCAGACCUUGCUGAAGGCUUAGAUGCAAAGCAAAAGGCUCCUGUCUCUCUUCCUAUGGAGACAUUUAAGAGUUAUGUGCUUAAGGAACCAAUUGGGGUUGUUGGAUUGAUUACUCCAUGGAAUUACCCACUAUUGAUGGCUACAUGGAAAGUAGCUCCUUCCUUGGCUGCUGGUUGUGCUGCAAUACUGAAGCCUUCGGAGUUGGCAUCUAUCACCUGCUUGGAGCUGGCUGAAGUGUGUAGGGAGGUCGGUCUUCCUCCUGGUGUCCUGAACAUUCUGACUGGGCUGGGCCCUGAAGCUGGCGCUCCUUUGGCAUCUCAUCCAGAUGUUGACAAGAUUGCCUUUACUGGAAGCAGUGCAACAGGGAGCAAGAUAAUGGCAGCAGCUGCUCAAAUGGUGAAGCCUGUUUCUUUAGAGCUUGGUGGGAAAAGCCCAAUUAUUGUGUUUGAGGAUGUUGACCUUGACAAAGCUGCUGAAUGGACUGCAUUUGGUUGCUUCUGGACAAAUGGACAGAUUUGCAGUGCAACAUCCCGUCUUAUUGUACACGAAAACAUUGUGAGAGAAUUUCUGGACAGGCUUGUGAAAUGGACUAAAAACAUUAAGAUUUCUGAUCCCUUUGAAGAAGGAUGCAGGCUUGGCCCCGUUGUUAGUGGAGGACAGUAUGAGAAAGUAUUGAAAUUCAUCUCAACUGCUAAGAGUGAAGGUGCUACCAUUUUGAGUGGUGGAGUUCGUCCUGAGCAUUUAAAGAAGGGAUUUUUUGUUGAACCAACUAUAAUAACUGAUGUGACAACUUCCAUGCAAAUCUGGAGAGAAGAAGUUUUUGGACCUGUUCUUUGUGUCAAGACAUUUAGUACAGAAGAGGAAGCCCUUGAACUGGCAAAUGACACCCAUUAUGGUUUGGGUGCUGCCGUGAUAUCAAAUGACCUGGAAAGAUGUGAUCGUGUAAGCAAGAAUCUCCAAGCUGGAAUUGUGUGGGUCAAUUGUUCACAGCCAUGCUUCUGUCAAGCUCCAUGGGGAGGCAAUAAACGCAGUGGCUUUGGGCGUGAACUCGGGGAAUGGGGUCUCGACAAUUACUUGAGUGUGAAGCAGGUCACGCAGUAUGUCUCUGAUGAACCAUGGGGGUGGUAUCGCUCGCCAUCAAAGCUGUGAGAGUAUUGGGGGCUGUUCGAAUAAAUAAACCAUCGAGGACAUAAGGUAAGAUCCAUUAAAGAGUUAGUAUUUUAUGAGAGGAUUGGCAUGUAGUGAAGUGAUUAAUGAGAAGGCAGGAUUAUCGUUCAUAGAACUCAAAUAUGAGAGACUCCAACAUCUAUGCAUCAAGUCUACUGUACCUUUUUUUUCAAUAUUUACAUUUACAUACAUAUACAUGUAUGAAUGUAUUAUGGUUUGUGAUCUAUCAGAUGAAUGGCUUAGUUUUAUGUAUUAAAA